GGGUAAUUUCGGAAGAUCAAAGUUAUGAAUCUGAUGUAAUGUGCCCCAAACCUACAUGUUCAAAGCUGUGCAAUUUGCGGAGUGUUUCCGCCUUGUUUCAUAACUUUGCAUCCAUAACUUUAUGGAGUUCAGCCGCGAAUCCAACCUGGGUUACGAAUCGUCGAGCAUUUUGAGCAUCCAUCAAGUGCUUGCAAGCCUGUUGGGAGCACCUGAGCUUGUGUUCGUGAUGGAUUGCCGAGAACGUGCGAACUUGGUCGGUCCAAUAGAUUCUGAUACACAUUACUGCUCAGCCCAAAUACCUUGAUCAAGCUCAACGAAGACUGGGGAAACCCCCCAUGCAUCCAAAUCCAUGAUCAUCGCAUCUUAUGUCCUCGAAUCUAGCGUUACUAUUGACAUGUUUAUUUCGAAACUUUCUUGUUGAGGUCAAUGUUGCUGGGUUGAGUUGGCCUUUGAGUGAGGGUUCCCCGACAUUUCUCCAAUCGAGAGGUCUAAAUUUGGUGUCUGAUGCCAACCAGGUGAAGUUUCGACAUUUAUCAUCAAAUCAGUCAGUCGAGACAAUCCUGAAGAUGUCAGCUUUUUUUAGGAUUUCCAGUUUUGUUCCGUAGUAAUGACUUUUAUUUCAACCUCGGGCCGAUUCCAAGCUUUGCUUUGUCGGACCCUUUGUUCAGAGGAUUAGAGGUUUCACAAAAACUUAGGUAGACCCAAUAUUGGAUAUCUCAAUAACUGCGUCUGGGUAGGAUUGAACAAACGCUUGGGCUUGACUCUUCAUCCCAACGGAACCAUAAAUGAUGCAGGGUUCAUUGAUGUUCUGUGCGACACCAAAGACCCGUGGACAAUGAUAUUGCUGUUGUGGAAAGCGAGAUGAAGCGUAUGCGCUUCUAGCUCCCAAUUUGAUACCUCGAACUUUCCAUCAGUAGUUAAGCCUUUCACGAAC